AUGCAAGGAAUUUGUCAUUCACAAAUACCAUAUCAAAUUGCAAAUGAGCUUGCAACUGAAGUGAAACAACUUGAAAAAAUUCAAGAACAAAAAGGAUUUGAACUAAUAUUAGAAGAUAUAAAAAAAUUAAUUGUUAACAAAUCUCUUAUUUUACAAGUUAAAGUCCAAUUACAGCUCAUCAUGCAAUAUAUUAAUUUGAGAUUAAAUGAUCUUAAAAGUAUAGAUGCAAGUAAAAAUUUUGCAAUUAGCAUUAGAAAAAGAGAAUAUCAAAUAUGA